AUGGCCCAAUUGAUCGUUCAACCAUCUCCCAGGGGCCUCCUACCACCGCUCCUAGCAUGUCUCCCAGCUUCCUUCGCUUCUCCACGACCUCCACCGGCCCUGCUACCCCUAUUAUCGCCCAUCCUCCGCCAGCGCGUCCAGCUCCUCGCGUCCAGCAAUUCCGCAUCAGAAUCAUGGCUUCCCCUGCUGUGCUGGGAUCGUCAGCGUGCGGCGAAGCUCCCGCAAAUUGUUCAGACGAUACAGCUGGAGCCUCACCCAGUAUCAGGCGAGUUCGAACUCGAUGAUGUCAGGGCGACGGGAUAUAGGCGCUUAGACAAGGAGACUCUCCACGCACGGUUUGAGUUGGAUCAGUUUGGCCUCCUUCCUAUAUAUCUGUGGUGCGAGAAUGAUGAAGCUGGCGGUGGGACGGGCUGGAGACUGGCCGAGAUGAGAGCGUUGGAAGACCUGGACGAUGGUACGGGAUGGUUUGGGAGUAUAGAGGAGGCGAAUCAAGGGGCGGGGGCGAGGGGCGCUGGCACAAAUGGAAUAAACGGCCACGCGGAGCCAGUUCUAGCAGGAGAAGGUGAUGCAGAUGAAGAUGAGGACGACGACAGCUACUGGGCCGCAUACGACCGCACACCGGGACGGACACCAGCGAAAAGAUCGCCAGCACCGAACACCGGCAGGCCAAGCAGCAUACAACUGCCGACGACAUCAGAGCUGGAGUACUUCGCACGGUACGCCGCUGAAGUGCAGCCAGCAAUGGACCCGCAUGAUCCGGACGAGGAGGAUGCGGCGGCGGCAGCGGGAGGGUCGACGCUUAAUGGUGAUUCUAUUACCCGAGGCAUGCCCGCACCACAGCCGGAAGUUGAGGCAGUGGGGACGACAGAUCUGGGGUCUCUAAGUCGAGACUCCGCGAUCCCAGCUCUCCUGCAGCCAAAUGCGCCUGUCUACAACGACGCAAUCGAAUCUCCACGUCCCUCAUCCUCCGCGUCGUCGCUAUCAAGCUCAGUGGCACGACUGCAGCAGCAGGCCGAAGACCACUCACAGGCCGAAGUGGGCAUCAAACAGCAUAUAAGCACUGACAUCAAGAGUCUGUUUCGUUUGGCCCGCAGUGCGGGUAUCGAGAGGGCUGAGUUCGAGAGAAUCGUGAGGACUGAGCUUGAUUGUCUUGGGUUGAUGGAUAUGGAGCAGUGA